AUCUAAACUCUUCGGGAUUUACUCCAAAAAUGGCAAGAGCAACCAGAAACGUUGGGGUUAUGUACAAUAUUUAUGUACAGAUGUAAUUUUUGACAAGUUUUACGAAUAUUCACGAUUGAAAAUUAAAGGGCUCCUUAGAAUGGCGAAAAAAAUGACUACCCCGAAAGGUAAAUCAGCACCGAACGCAUGGGCAUUAUGUGAACAAUGUUCUGCUUCAAUAUCAUCCAAAGAAGUUGAGCUGCAUUCAAAUGAUUGUCCACCAAGCAUAGAUGACCCAAGACACAGUUUCAUUUUGGAUAAAACGUUGUAUGGUAAAUUAGAUACUAAAUCCAAUGAUAUGAUAAAAGGAUUAACAGAGGAACAAAAAGAUUCUUUGGUCUUUAUGAGUCAAUCUGCAAUGAAAAUAUGUAGCAUUGCCAUUGGUGAUACUGUUUUGGUCAAGCAAAUUGGCCAAGCUAAUGCCUUCAUAGGAAAUGCUUGGCCCACUGCAGAAAAAUCAGUUGUUACAGUACUUUUAACAAAGAAUGCUAUGGAUAACAAUGCACUCAAAAAUAAUAUGGUUUUAUCAAUAAACAAAUACAAAACAAAUCAAACUGCAAAAUCAGUUUAUUUACUGUUUACAAAUGCAGCCAAAACAAUGGAAAUAACAAAUGAACUAAAAUUAAGACUUAAAAAUCAAUUUAUUGGUAGAUGUGUGACAGAAGGAAGUUGUUUAACACUUUUAUACUUUGGAAAACAACUGAAAAUAGAUGUUAAACUAAUUACUUCAGAUAAAAAUAAUGAUGAAGAUUUAGUUGAGGAUUUUAAUCAAUUAAAUCUAUCAGAAACCAAUCACUUUUAUUUACUAACAGAUAAAACUCAAGUUUUAUUAUACAAGGAUGAAGAAGAAUUUCAAGCUGAGACUAAACCAGUGCAAUACCUACUGAGUACAUUGGGUGGUUUAAAGAAUGAAAUAGAAGAAAUUAAAUCUUUGUUGGAUAAUGCAUUAUUAUGCAAUAAGAAGAAAUUUAUCAAGUCAUGUAAAGGUGUAUUACUUUUUGGACAGUCUGGCACUGGCAAAACACAUUUAGCUAAAGCUUUAGCUAGUACUGCUUGUGCAAAUGUGAUUGAAGUUAACUCCACUGACUUGUACAGCAAAUAUUCCGGCAAUGUUGAAGAGAAUUUAAAGAAACUAUUCAAAGAUGCACGAAGUUCCGCACCUUGUAUUAUUUUAAUUGACGAAAUCGAAUUAUUGUGCGCGAAUAGAACUUCACGGAUUACCGAAUCUGAAAAGCGAAUUGUGUCUUGUGUACUCAGCGAAUUGGAUACUUUAUUAAAUGAUGAUAGUAAAAUAUUUGUACUUGGUACUACAAAUAGAUUAGAUGCCGUUGAUCCAGCUUUUCGAAGGUGCGGACGAUUCGAUAGAGAAAUUGAGAUUCCUAUUCCAAAUCCGAUUGGAAGAUUGGAUAUUUUAGAACUUUUACUUGGGGCCAAUUGUGAUGAUAACACAUUGAAACAAGUAGCUUAUGAAACACAUGGCUUUGUUGGUGCUGAUCUUAUAUCUUUGUGUGCUACUGCAGCAACUCAUUCUUCUCAAGAGAAGCUGUGUUAUGAAGAUUUCCGUUAUGCGCUCACGAAAGUUCGUCCCAGCGCGAUGCGUGAGGUACAAAUUGAAGUGCCGAAUGUAAAAUGGGGCGAUAUUGGUGGUCAAGAGAGGCUGAAACUGAUUUUGAAGCAGUGUGUGGAAUGGCCGCUUAAGCAUUCUGAUAGUUUUAUUCGGUUAGGGAUAAAGCCGCCAAGAGGAGUGUUGAUGUUUGGUCCACCCGGAUGUUCGAAAACUAUGAUUGCGAAAGCGCUCGCAACUGAAAGUGGUUUGAAUUUCUUGGCUAUUAAAGGUCCUGAGUUGUUCAGUAAAUGGGUUGGUGAAUCCGAGAAAGCAAUUCGGGAUGUUUUCCGAAAAGCGAGACAAGUGGCACCGUCAAUUAUAUUUUUUGAUGAAAUUGACGCUUUAGGAGGUGAGAGAUCUGCGAGUGGGUCAAGUAGCGUUCAGGAAAGAGUAUUGGCUCAGUUGCUUACUGAAUUAGACGGAGUUUCAUCACUAGGAGAUGUAAUGAUUUUGGCUGCGACUAACAGACCGGAUCGUAUUGAUAAUGCUCUUUUACGCCCGGGCCGCCUAGACAGGAUUGUUUAUGUGCCUUUGCCGAACGAGGAAACACGACGUGAUAUUUUCAAGAUUAAACUGGAUAAAAUGCCGGUGAAGAACGUGGAUAUUGAUGAUCUGGUAGGAAGAACUGUGGGAUUUUCUGGGGCGGAAAUUAAUGCAAUUUGCCAUGAAGCAGCUAUGGCAGCACUUGAAGAAGAUAUAGCUGUUGAGUUUGUAGAAAGCAGACAUUUUGAUAAAGCUUUAUUGCUAAUCACUCCUAGAACGCCUGCUAGCCUUGUUGCCAUGUAUGAAGAGUACAUUAAAAAAUAAAAUUGUUAGAGCGGGA